AUGUUCAAUCUCGAGGCACAACCUUUUCGGAUCUUUCACUGGGACAAAGGGAGAGUCGAUUUUUGGUUGAGAGAAUUACGGACGGAUGAAUCAGUGGUCCUGAUGGUGGAAGAACUAAAAAUUGAUCAAGUAUGCGUGCACUUUAUGGCAGUCGGGGCUAAGUAUCAAAGAUUGGGCAAGGCCGUCUGGACGAGUAUUAGGAAUGGGCGUCAAACUGGAAAUGUCAAGGGCUGCCCAGCGUCCUCCGGCAGGAGUCUUUCCAAUGAUGUGCACUGGGAACUAUUGGGUUCAAAAAUGACAGAGGAACCUGGCGUAUCUGUCAAGCUGGGCUGCGCCCACUGUGCCAGCUGUGGCCCUCCGCUGUCACCGUGGCUUUAUCAAGGGUACUGGUGGAACGCGGAGCAAGCCACGAGCGACAGUAGAGUGUCCGCGGCGUCCGCAGUGACGGGCUACUGGGCGUUGGCAAAUCCCAGGGGAAACGGAGCAGACGAUGAAGGAGAGUGCCGCCCACGGCCUGUAGAGCGAAUCGAAACGAAGAUAGUAGUUGGCCGGGACAUUGAACAACGUGAGCAGGAAGAAGUUAUGGUCCCCAAAAAUCCAGUCUGUCGGCUCGACAGGGGUGGCCGCGUGACAAAGACUCUUAACCCCAGAGCCAGACGAUAUGGAGAAGAUAGGGCAGGUGGGGUGAAGGUCGUCUCCCUAAGUCUCGCCGACGCAUAUUUUGGACGUGGCGUAAAGGCGCCAAGUGGACAUGUGAGCCUCCCUCUUCGAGUAAUUAGACUCAAGCGGAUGUCCACGCCAACAACCGCGUCUAAAAGUCCGAGAUAUCAGGAUGGCGAUGCAUCUUCUGUCAAAAAGAAACGGACAUACACACAGGUCCAAAACUCGGUGCUACAGGAAGACCCCGCUUCUCGUCAAUGGCCGAGAACUUGA